AUGGCGCCAGGGGCGGACUGUGCUGUACGGCAUCCGGGACGCCGGUUGCUAUCGGACGCUGUUCGACCACCUCGCUGCGGCCAACAUGCGCGGACGCAGCGCCACACUGCGUCAGUGGCUGGACGAGGCCGUUCUGCCGCUCGUGACGGCUCGGGCCACGGACCGAUGGUAUCCUGCUCUGUGGGGCGUUACGCUCGUGGCCAGGUUAGGUUACACAAUUUUUAUGCGGCCAUCGUCCUGGCGUCCGCGUACGUCUGCUGGUCGGUGGCCCUUUAUCCCACCGAAGUACAAUAG